AUGAUGCUUGCUCAGAUUGCUGUGUUGACGAUAGUCGUUUGCGUGGCUGGCGCAAAUUCGGUGCGCGUAAAACGACAAUUGAGUCCAGCAGUACGAUUGGAAAGUGAACUACACCCAUUGAUGAUGGGCAUGUAUGGAUUUGGAUCAGAGGCUUCCAAGCGGUCCCCUCUUAGUCUGAAACGUCAUAUUUCGCCGUCGUUCGACGUUGAAGAGGAUGUGGGGAACUUGCGCACACUUAUGGAUAUUGGGAAACGUCAAGUUAGCUUGGCGGAUGAUGUUGGACGACAAAUGCAGAUGUAUCACCGACUUUUCGAUGCCGGUAAGAAACGAGCAGUUCUAUCACCGUCGGCUGACCUACAGAACGCUAUGGAUCUGACCAGUUAUCUGGAACGAGCCGGCAGGAAGUGA